GCAAGAAAAAAGGCAAAAAGAAAGAAGAAAAAGAAAAAGAAGAACCUCGAAAAUUCGAUUCUUCGAAUACUUGUUCGGUGUUUCUGGAUUCUGCGAUUUUGGAAAGGAAGAGAAGAAGACGAGAACGAGAACGACGACGGGAAGGAGGGGAAGGACAGCGGCAGCAGCAGUAGAGAAAUGAGGGUUAGGAGAAGGAAACAGAGGAAUCACGACAGACGAGGAAAAGACACAGGGGAAAAGAGAGAAAAAGAGCAUCCGUCAUCACCACGUGAAGAGAGUACAGCACAGCACAGCACGGCGACAAGCACGGAUUAA